AUGUUGCUAUGGGAAUGGUGCAAAUAUGUAGAAACGGUUGUCCAAUUGCAGAAUAUCACACAAACCAAUGGUGAACAAUGCAAAGCAGAGACGGCGUCACACAAGGUUCAGGAAACGAAAGAGAAUAUGCGAAAGCAAGCUGAAUUGGAACAGCGAAUAGCGCUGGAAAAGAAAGAGGCUAAGCGACAGAAGAGUGAAUCCGAGCGACAGCAAGCAUUUGAGAAGAGAGAGAUUAAACGAAAGCGGGUGGAGCUUGAGCAGCAGAGAGCACUUGAGAAGAAAGAGGCAAAGCAAAAUAAGGUGAUAUUGGAGCAACAGAAAGCACUAGAGAAGAGAGAGAUCAAGCGAAAGCGGCUGGAGCUAGAGGAACAGAUAGCACUCGAAAGGAAACAAGCAAAGCGAAAGGCAACUUGA